AUGCCCCGCCACCACCUACCUGCUGACCCGCCCGCGUUUCGGAGCAUCCUCGUCACGGCCGGCAGCGUGCUCACCGCCGUCGGCGUGGUGGCGGUCCUAAUCGCUUGGCUGGCCGACAGCGUCCACCCCAUCCUCGGGCUCAUCGUCCUUGUAAUCUUCGUCGUCUCCGUCCUUGGCAUCUUCGCCGGUGUGCGCCUGGCCGUCGUCGCCGCCGGCGGGGUGGGCACUGCGGUCGUCACCGCCAUCCCAUUUGUCCUCAUCACGGGCAUGGGGCUCCCCCUCUGCCUUGUUGGACGCAACCCAAUCUCCGGCUGGUGGAUCGUCGGCGCAGACGUUGCGGUGUACACCCUGUGGGGAAUGUACAGUGCGUUUGUCAGCAGCGAGGGGUACGUGCCCGUCAGCAGCGAGGAGCAGGACGUGGAGGCCGCCCCCGGCCACACCGUCCUCCUCGACGAGCUCCCCCUGCCGCCGCGGUACGGUGAAACCCCGGCGCCAUGCGAGCAAGUCCUCGCGCGCAGCGUCACGUCGGUGGCGUAUGAGGGUGAAGAGUUGGCGUCCGCCGCCGACGCCGCGACGCUGCGCGGCAUCGCGGCUGCCCAUCCGCGCAGCCUGCGCGCCAUGGCUGACGUCCUUGCCGUACGACUUGACUUGGAGAAAGACAAGACGGGGGAGGAAUAG